UCAUCUCUGAACCAUCUGUUAAACAUAUAACAGAAACACUAUAAGCUAAGCAGAGCAAGAAAAAACCAAAAAAAUAAACAAAAAAGAAAUAUGUUCUCUACUUCUUAAAACUCUAUAAGGCAGUUUUUUUCUGGAAAACCACAUACCUCUUGUAGCUUCCUUUCUCUCUCAGGUGUUCUUUUUCUGUCAGAAUUCUUUUGUUGUUUCUUGCUCAAAGUUUUCUUUCAAGAGAGAAAAAAGAAAGAAAUUUUCUUGCACUUUGCUUUAUUAUCAUUUUUUUUAAGAUUUGACAGUGCUAGUUGCCUAGUUCUUUGAGGUGAAAGCAGCAUUUAGUAGAAAGAGUAUCCGGGUGAGUGUAAGAAAGGACAUUUGAUUUAAUGCAGUACUGACAAUCUUGGAAUUGUCAGGAUUUGUUUUCCAGAGUUUAAAAAUCCUUUUUCUAAUCUGGCAGACUAUAACCACUCUACAUUAAAAAUAGUCUGUAACAGCCGUUUUUAGACUUGAUUCGAAGCACUGGCUUCAUAAGAAACGAGAGAAGCACACUCAAGUGAAAAAGCACUUCUUUUGGGGAGUUAAAGAAGCUGCAGAUUUGCAGUAAUUUGAUACAUUUGUCAAUAAAAAGAUCUGUAAAGUAGUGAAGCAAAAAUGAUAUCACAAAAGCAAGCAGAGGAAGAAAUGGUGUCUAGAUUUAAUGAAACUGAACAUGAAGAGAAAGAUGAAGAGAAAGGAGAAGAUGACUCCAUUUUUAGCAUCAAAAGCAUUCUUUGGCAUGGUGGUUCUGUUUAUGAUGCCUGGUUUAGCUGCGCUUCAAAUCAGGUCGCUCAGGUUCUGUUGACACUGCCGUACUCUUUCUCCCAAAUGGGAAUGCUUUCUGGAAUAAUUUUGCAGGUAUUUUAUGGAGUUCUUGGGAGCUGGACUGCUUAUCUUAUCAGUGUUCUAUACGUAGAAUACCGAAGCAGAAAGGAGAAAGAGAAUGUCAGCUUCAAGAACCAUGUCAUACAGUGGUUUGAAGUGCUUGAUGGUUUACUGGGUCCAACCUGGAAAGCUGUUGGGUUAGCCUUUAACUGCACUUUUCUCCUCUUUGGUUCUGUUAUACAACUUAUAGCCUGUGCAAGUAAUAUAUAUUAUAUAAACGACAAAUUAGACAAGAGGACAUGGACAUAUAUUUUUGGAGCUUGCUGUGCCACCACUGUAUUCAUCCCGUCAUUUCACAAUUACAGAAUUUGGUCUUUUCUUGGACUUGGAAUGACCACUUACACAGCUUGGUAUUUGGCCAUUGCUGCCAUUGUUCAUGGCCAGGUAGAUGGUGUAACCCACUCAGGCCCAACAAAAUUGGUUCUUUAUUUCACAGGCGCCACCAAUAUCCUCUACACAUUUGGUGGCCAUGCUGUUACUGUGGAAAUUAUGCAUGCAAUGUGGAAGCCUCAAAAAUUCAAGUACAUAUAUCUGUUUGCUACUCUGUAUGUCUUCACCUUAACAAUUCCGUCAGCUACUGCUGUUUACUGGGCAUUUGGUGACCAACUCCUCACUCACUCGAACGCCUUUGCGCUUCUUCCUGACUCUGGAUGGCGCGAUGCUGCAGUUAUUCUCAUGCUCAUCCAUCAGUUUAUAACAUUCGGAUUCGCAUGUACGCCAUUGUAUUUUGUAUGGGAGAAAGUAGUGGGUAUGCAUGAUACAAAGAGCAUAUUUUUGCGAGCAUUAACUCGGCUGCCUGUAGUGGUACCUAUUUGGUUCUUGGCAAUUAUAUUUCCUUUCUUUGGUCCCAUUAAUUCAGCUGUGGGCGCCCUUUUAGUUAGCUUCACUGUCUACAUCAUCCCUUCUUUAGCUCAUAUGCUCACCUAUCGAUCUGCCUCUGCUCGACAGAAUGCAGCAGAGAAGCCUCCAUUCUUCAUCCCUAGCUGGACAGCCAUGUAUGCAGUGAAUGCAUUUGUAGUGAUAUGGGUUUUGGUAGUUGGUUUUGGAUUAGGAGGAUGGGCUAGCAUGACCAAUUUUAUCAGGCAAGUUGACACAUUUGGUCUCUUUGCCAAGUGCUACCAAUGCCCACAGCCGGUCGCCGUGAAGCACCACUGAGUUCUAGAUCAUCAUCAUCGAAGUUAAACCUAAACCCUUAAUCCUCCAUAGCAUUUUACAUUCUAUCUUAUGUGUAUUAUAUAUACAAAAUGGACUCACCAUCUAUCAUCUCCCCCAUAUAUAUAUAUAUAUUGUGUUUUUGUUUCAGCCUUUUUAUAAGCAGUAGGUGAUUUGUGAAUAAUAAUGUUUGGUUAUUGGGUAUAUGAUAUAUAUAUAUAUAUAUCUUAGUUAAAUCUCA